AUGGGGAUAAUAGUAAUCGACGGAUCAACGGUGCGAGCCUUCGUGAACGACGACGUUCAAUUCAGACGCAGCGUGGACGAACGGUUCGUGUCUCUGGACACCAAUAACGACGGAGUUUUAUCGAGAUCCGAGAUGCGAAAAGCGUUUGAAGUCAUGCGGUUGUUAGAGUCUGAUUCUGGUGCCGAUAACAAUGGCAGCAUUGGUAUUGAGGAGUUCAGAUCAGAGGUGAAGAAGAUGAUGCUUGUUGUUGCUGAGGGGAUUGGAUCGUCGCCGAUGCAGAUGGUGGUGGGAGACGAUGACCAGAAUUUUCUGAAAAAGGCCGCUGAUCUGGAGGCUUCUAAGAUUUGUUGA